AGUGUGCGCGUGCGAGGGCUGGGAGCCGCGUGCCGGGAAGACGGGACGCUUGGAGUCCGGCCCGGUGCUGCGGGCUCCUGCCCUCGGGAGAGCCGCGGCGUGCGAGGGAGCAAGGUCUCCUCGUUCCCCGUGUGUGACUCGUUCUUGGGGCGGCGGGUCCCGUCCCGCUGCCACCAGCUCCGCUCCGGCUCGGCUCAGAUCGCCCCAGCCACAGCUUCAGCCGCGUCCCGUCGCCCCGGUCCUGCGCGGAGCCUGUAGACGGCUGGCCCGUGCCCGCUGCCUGCGCGAGGUGCGCUUCGCUCCUUGCCCCCUCGCAGGCCGGCCCUUCGGGGUCUCGUCCACGUCCCGGCUGGGGCGCAGCAGGAGACACGCGGCUGGCGUGUAGUGGCGCGUCCCCGGCGUGUUUGGAGCCGCCUGGUGCCCAGCCCCGAGCGCAGGCACGAGGCCCCCGGCAGGGAAACCCUUUGCAGCCCCCUUGGCAGAGGCCGGGAGGUUCGCAGCCCUGCCGUUUCUUCAGGGGCUGCCAUCGGGCCGGGGGACGUUCCUAGGAGAGGCGCGCGUCCCAGACCCUUUGUUUGUCUUCGCCCUCAGCCUGGACGUGCUGCAGAGACGAGCUCCUCCAGCUAAGUUUGCCUCGUGUGAUAAAGCGCUCGCUCUGUCAGUAUUAAAUUGUCCUUGGCUCUUCACCCGAGUGACUAAUUGUCCUUGCGUUAAGCUCUCGGGGGUCGCACGCAGCUGCGCUCCCUCUUCGAGCGAGCAGCUGGGGUCUCGUCAGUCGAUCCUCGUUUUGGCCGCCCGUCUCUGAGCCCUUUAGACCAGGAGGAGGUGACUAGGACUGGUGGCAGCUCCCAGGGGAAGGUGCCUGGUGCUCUGCUCUGCCCUGAAACGCUUCGUGUCUCCUCCGGGCCGUUGCACCCGGUGUUUGGUUCUCGGACUUUGGGAGGGCGACGGGCGUUUCUCCUGAGCUGUCUGGGUCUGGUGCCUGAGGGACGCUGGCUAACACAGAGCCCAGGCAGGUGCAUGCAGGACUUGUUUGAUUCUUUCUGGCUCCCUUGAAUUGCAUGGAAAAAGCUCCUUUGGCUUUGGGGGACCCAGGGUUUCACCCAGAACGUGCACGGCCCUGUGUUCCCUGGUCGCCCAGCGUUGUCAGUUCCCUCACAAGAGCCUUUCCUUCUUCCCCAGUCCUAAAUUACCUGUGUCCGGUGCAACUGGCACAGCCCCCAGCUCGCUCCCUUUCCCCCGGGCCGGUACACCAGCCUGCAUGCCUGUUCCUAAUGCCUUCCUGGCACGGUGGUGCCCCGUGCACGGCUGCGCUGGAGCCGCACAGAUGGGGACACUCAUCUCCUGUCUGCACGGCUCGGAAGCGCACACGCUGCUUUGCAGCUGUAUCGCGUUGCAGACGUGUCUCCUGUUCCAUCUGUACUGGCGCAGGCACCGCGAGGCGGCUCAGCUUGCCUGCGUGGGCCUUUCCUGCCACCAGCCUCUACACCUGCAGGAGCAAUCUGAGCCCGAGAAGGAGCAGCGUAUGGAGCCGGGGCGGGGUGGGGGAGGACGACAGACCAGACUGGCGUGAGCUGAUCAGCAUCUGAAAGCAGCUAGAACCUUUCCCUGAGCUUUUUUGCCUCAGUGACGUCUCAGGAAAAAAAGAUUUUCGUGUUUAAUUUGUUUGUAUUUUCAGCUUUUAGUUUCCUUGGAUGCAGCAGAGCCCCGGCUCCCUUGUCUUCCCUGUUCAUUCCUUCGCGGUGCCCACUCCUGCCCUCGCCCCUCCCGAUCAUCCCCUCUCCCGGUGAUGCCACUCCUCAGACUCGCUGGGCACCUGGCGGAGAAAGAGAAGGGUUGACCACUGCUCUGGCCCCGAAGCCCUGAACCACAAUGGCAGCUGGAGAGUCCCCCCCUGCUGAAGUGGUCUUCGUCAACCUGCAGCAGGGAGGCAAUGGGGCCAAGAGAGGCUUUGCCAGCGCCGAGGACGACGAGGACUUGGAUAAGACCUUGUCCAUCAAGAGGUUCGGGGACCUGAUAAGCAAGUCGGCAGCAAGAGACCUGGAGAAGCAGCAACGCAGCUACAAUGAAAGAGAUUUUGAAUUCCAUCGUCAGACCUCUCACCACAUCCACCACCCACUUUCCACCCACCUGCCACCUGCCCUCAAGUUCCCGAAGCGGCACCCCCGUGCCAGCCGGAGGAAGAGGAGGAAACGAAAGAAGAAGAAGACCUCGGUGCCCCCCUCAGAGGUCACCCCCACCAUCCAGGAGGUGGAUGAGGAGGGCACGGAGGCAGGGGAGGAGGAGGAAGAAGAGGAGGAGGAGGACGGCGAAUCGGAGGCCGAGGAGGCCCUGGAGAAGGUGGCCUCCCCGGAGUCGGAGACAGAGGCCCCAGGGAAGGAGGCGUCUCCCAGACUGAGGUCCCCUGGCAAGCCAAAGUUCACCAUCGGGAGUGACGAGGAUGACGCCUACAGUGCCACAGCCACGACAUGGUUCCACGUGGAUGAGGAGUGCGGUGUCCUGUCCCCUAGGCUGCGUCUCACCCACCUGCUUCAGGACCGGAGCCCAGCCUCACUCCACAGGCUGAUGGGGCUGGGGUACAUGAUGAGAGGCAAUGCUGGAGGCCAUACACCCUGCCACCAGCUGGUCCCCAGCCUCCCGGGGCCCAGGGAGUGCCUGUCACGGGGCUGGGACAAGCGGAAGCCCUGGAGCCAGGUGGUGAGUGGGCAGCGUGUGAGCUAUGACCUGAAGGAGCGGAUGUGCAUCGGCAGCAUGACCACACUGGACAGUGCAGCUUAUCAGCGCGUGCCCACCGACGAGGCUGAGGCCCAGAUGCUAGCAUCCGCUGACCUGGACGGCAUGAAAAGCCACCGCUUUGAAGACAACCCUGGUGUCAGGAGGCAUCUGGUGAAGAAACCAUCUCGGAGCCAGAUCACUAGGACAAGCAAAAAGAUGGUGACAGCUCCAUCAGUCAAGAAGAAGAAGAAGAAGAAGAAGCUGGACCGGCGGCCCCAUGAGGUGUUUGUGGAGCUGAACGAACUGGUGGCGGACAGGAACCAGGAGAUGCACUGGAGGGAGACAGCACGCUGGAUCAAGUUCGAGGAGGACGUGGAGGAGGACACGGCACGAUGGGGGAAGCCCCACGUGGCCUCGCUGUCCUUCCGCAGCCUGCUGGAGCUCAGGAAGACCAUUGCUCAUGGCGCCAUCCUCCUGGACCUGGAGCAGACGACGCUCCCAGGCAUUGCACACCUGGUGGUGGAGACCAUGAUCAUCUCAGACCAGAUCAAAGCUGAGGACAGGGCCAACGUGCUACGGGCCCUGCUGCUGAAGCACAGCCACCCCAACGACGAGAAGGAGGGCUUCUUCCCCCAGAACCACUCCAGCUCCAGCAUGAACUCAGUCGUGGGCAACCACCACCACAACCACAACCACAUGACCGACACCUGCAUGCCUCUGAUGGGCGAGGAGCGUAUUGAGAUGGCUGAACCCAAACCCCAUGACACCGAGUGCAAGGAGAAAAACCUGCAUCUGCACAACUCUGAGGGGCACCGCGGGAAGUAUCUGAAGCUGAUGGAGAAGAUUCCCGAUGAUGCGGAGGCCACUGUGGUCCUUGUGGGCUGCGUGCAGUUCCUGGAGCAGCCCACCAUGGCUUUUGUCCGGCUGAACGAGGCCACGUUCCUGGAGUCUGUCCUGGAGGUCCCGAUCCCAGUCCGGUUUAUCUUUGUCCUGCUGGGGCCCAGCCAGGCCAACAUGGAUUACCACGAGAUCGGGCGCUCCAUCUCCACCCUUAUGUCCGACAAGCUCUUCCACGAGGCUGCGUACCUGGCCGACGACCGCCAGGACCUGCUCAACGCCAUCAAUGAGUUCCUGGACUGCAGCAUCGUCAUCCCCCCAUCGGAGGUGGAGGGCAAGGACCUGCUCCGCUCCAUCGCCACCUUCCAGAAGGAGCUGCUGAGGAAGAGGAAGGAGCGGGAGCAGAAGAAGUCCACAAAGGAGGGCAUCGCCCAGGAAGCCAGAGAGCUGUGCGAGGUGAAGGCUGAGGAGGAGGAGGAGGAGGCAGAGGACGACCCCUUGCGGCGGACCGGCAUUUUCUUUGGCGGCCUGGUGCGGGACAUCAAGCGCAGGUACCCCAAAUACCUCAGCGACAUCCGGGACGCCCUGCACAGCCAGUGUCUUGCGGCCGUUCUCUUCAUCUACUUUGCUGCUCUCUCUCCUGCCAUCACCUUCGGGGGACUCUUAGGGGAGAAGACGGAGGGUCUCAUGGGCGUCUCAGAACUGAUCAUCUCCACCUCGGUCCUGGGCAUCCUGUUCUCCCUGCUCGGGGCCCAGCCCCUCCUUGUCAUCGGCUUUUCAGGACCCCUCUUGGUGUUUGAAGAAGCGUUUUACAAGUUCUGCCAGACCCAAGGCAUUGAGUACCUGACAGGCAGAGUGUGGAUUGGCCUGUGGCUCAUCGUCUUCAUCUUCAUCAUUGUGGCAGCUGAAGGCAGCUUCCUAGUGCGCUAUAUCUCGCCCUUCACGCAGGAAAUCUUUGCCUUCCUCAUCUCCCUCAUCUUCAUCUACGAAACUUUCUACAAACUCUACAAGGUGUUUGCAGAGCACCCCCUGCUGAAGUUUUAUCCACCGAGCCUGCAAGGCAGCCUGAACACCAGUGCACUCUCUGCAGACGCCAUGACGCUGGGAACCCGGAUGCAGCCCAAUACCGCCCUCCUCUCCCUCAUCCUCAUGCUGGGCACCUUCUUCAUUGCCUUCUUCAUGCGCAAGUUCAAGAACAGCCGCUUCUUGGGAGGGAAGGCUCGGCGCAUCAUUGGAGACUUUGGGAUCCCCAUCUCGAUCCUGGUCAUGGUGUUGGUGGACUACACCAUCACGGACACCUACACACAGAAGCUGAAUGUCCCUGCCGGCCUCUCCGUCACGUCCCCCGACAAGCGCGGCUGGUUCAUCCACCCCUUGGGCAGCAGCCAGGCCUUCCCAAUGUGGAUGAUGUUUGCCUCGGCCAUUCCUGCACUCUUGGUCUUCAUCCUCAUUUUCAUGGAGACACAGAUCACCACCCUGAUCGUCAGCAAGAAGGAGCGGAAGCUGCUCAAAGGCUCUGGCUUCCACCUGGACCUGCUGCUAAUUGGCACCAUGGGUGGGCUCUGCGCCCUGUUCGGGCUGCCCUGGCUGACGGCCGCCACUGUGCGCUCCAUCACCCAUGUCAAUGCCUUAACUGUCAUGAGCAAGGCCAUUGCGCCUGGGGAGAAGCCCAAGAUCGAGGAGGUGAAGGAGCAGCGGGUCACGGGCGUACUCAUUGCCACCCUUGUUGGCUUGUCCAUCGUGAUGGGUAACGUGCUGCGGCAGAUCCCACUGGCCGUGCUCUUCGGGAUCUUCCUGUACAUGGGGGUCACAUCUCUCACUGGCAUCCAGCUCUACGAGCGGCUGCUCCUCAUCUUCAUGCCGUCUAAGCACCACCCUGAUCACAUCUACGUUGUCAAGGUGAAGACCUGGAGGAUGAACCUCUUCACCCUCAUCCAACUGGCCUGCAUUGUGCUGCUCUGGGUGGUGAAGUCGACCGUGGCCUCCUUGGCCUUCCCCUUCGUGCUGAUCAUGACAGUGCCCUUGCGACGCUUCGUGCUGCCCCGCUUCUUCCAGGAUAGGGAGCUCAAAGCUCUGGACUCGGAGGACGCGGAGCCGAACUUUGAUGAAGACGGCCGGGACGAGUACAAUGAGCUGCACAUGCCUGUGUGAGUGGCUGCUGUGGUGCCUCUGCCCAUGCUGGGCUCUCUUCUGGACCCAGGGCCGUCUGAACAGGCCUCAGACUCACAGCAAGUCAAGCAGCUUCUGGUCUGCGGCAAUGAACAGCUGUUCUAUGGCCUCUGCGGGGCACGGUCCAGCUGAUCCCAUGACACCCAUCACCUGCUCAGUGGAGGCACCGUUUCCUUCUUCCCAGAGCCGGCGGGGCCGGGAAGUGCCUCUUGCACCCAGAUGCUCCGUGGGAAACUGCACUCCCUCGGCCCUGAGCUGGCCCCAGUCCUUGCCGGUGGCUGGGGGCUGCAUUCAGUGCAUGGGCUGGUUAAAGGGAGCCAUGCCACUACCUCCCAUUCACCUGCUUCAGAUGCCAGCCCAGGAUCCAGGCACUGUGGAGGGAGAGGCUGGCCAGGCCCCACCCUGGCAGGGUAGGGAAGCGUCUCCUGCAGUCACAGUGCCAGGCGAGUCUUGCCUGCAAAGGGCCGGCAGCUUCCUGGGGCCAGACUCUGAAGGCAGCCUCCUUGCUCAGCCUGACAGGUGCCCUGGUCCAGCACGCCCUGCCAUGCCUUGCUCCCAGGUGUUUGUGCUCCCCGUGGUCCUUUAGCCCCGGCCCAGCUGUUAUUCCAAAUGCUACCCAAAACGCUGCCCUCCGGCCCUCUUGCUGCAGCGGGGCCAGCCUGCAAUCACAUGAGCAAACCAGAGAGUACAGCACAGCUCUCUGGUGGGCAGCAGGUCACCAGCUGCCACAAGGAGAAUCCCCCUCACACUUCACCAUGCCUGGGCAGCACUGGGUGACCCUGCCCUCUCGGGGUUUGCUCUGAGCCCCCAGUGCCUUUCUGCAGAACCAGGGGACUGUGGGCCCUGGCCGGGGCUCUGGGGAUGGGGGCACCCUGCACGCCUGUGCCCUGAGAGCAGGCCCUUUCCCUGGGGUUGCACAGUGCUUCUGCUUUCCAGACCUGAAAGCAGCUGGCAGCACCUCCAGCAAAUCCCUCCCUCGGCCUGCACCAUGUGUCUAAGGUGAGGGGUUGUCUGUCCCCAUCUGAAGUCACGCUCAUCCCUGGUAACCAGGUGUGAUGUUACAGCUAAGGUUUGUGAUGUCAGAAGGGGACAGCAGGUGGGCAGGGCCCUUGGGGGGGUAGGGCUGAGGGGAGUGUCCCCCCACCAUCCCCCAUAGGCACCAGUCUCAACAGCCACCGACUGGGUUUGCUGAGGUGUUCAGGCCCCUCAGGACACGGGGGCCUCAGCCCAGUGACUGGAUCACUGUGGAUCCCUGACCCCUCCCUGCCUGGUGGGCAGUUUGGCCCGGAUCCCCCCCCAGUGAUCCGGUCACUACGGACCUUCCUCCUGCUGCCCCCAGAGCUGGGUCCCCCAUUAGCAGUGCCUGGUAGCUGGGGAAUGAGCAGUAGCCACCAGGAACCUGGUCUUCAGGCCUGCGGUGUGAGCCCUGGGCAGCCACAUCUCUGUGCAGGGAAGCCAUGGGGGUGUCUGGCUGUCCAGGUCUGGUUCCUGGCAUGGGUUGCUAGGGCCCCUGGCUCUCUGGCAGGCCCAGGCUGUAGCUGAAGAGAUUAUCUGUGACGUGCUCUCAGCGUGUGGCUGGGGGCUAACCCUAGCAGGCAGGAGGCCCAAGAACAUGGGCUCCUGCUCUUUCUGGGGACAGGAGGGGAUGGUGCCCUUGCAGGGUAGGUGCCAGCCUAGGAUCCCUGUCUAUAGCACUGCUUGGCCCUGGGGCCCCAGUCUGGCCCUGGCCCUGCCCCAUUCCUAUCCGUCAGUGGGCACAGAUCCUUCCUUACCGCCUGGGGCACUUGCUAGGCUUUGGAGUCACGUGUUGCACCCACAGAGCCUCAGAAAUACCCACCCAAAGGGAGAAACCCCUUUGGCGCCCACAGCCCUGUCAUGCCCAUGGAUGCCCUCGCAGGUGGGAAACUGGUGUCUUCUGUGCGUCUGUGGCUGUGUGUCCUGUCCUCCUUGUGUAGUGUAGGAGGCCUGUUGUCUCUGUGUCCCCGGCAGCCUGGCUGUGUGUGGUGACUUCUGACUGUAGUGGAAACAGCAGCACUAAUAAACCCUUUGCAGGAACACAA